AUGUUUUCUAGACUGGCACUUUCGGGUUACGCCGUACGGUCCAGUUCUUCACGCCUUUUGGCUCCACACUGGGCUAACUACCCCAACCUCAAUGUCCGAUUCAAUUCCACUGAUGCUGGCAAAUCUGAUGUAGAGAAAUUGAAGAGUGAAACCGAUGUUAAUGACUCCAAGCAGUCUGCAGAAAUAACCGGUGUUAUGGACUACCUGAAGCUGACCGAAGUUUUGAUGUUCAUCGACAACGUAUAUCCUAGAUGGUUGACCAAGUUGAGCUAUUCUAGGUAUUUCUCGUUCCUUAAGAAGUUCCGCAACCUGUUCAAUGACGACAAGUUGAAGGACAGGGUCAACAAGUUAAUCCAAUCGGACAAGAAAACGUUACCCGUGGGUACCAAAUGCGAGGAAUUCGUGCCUUUCAGAAGAGAUGGUGGUGCUUUUGUUAAGUUUCUUGUCCCUCCAACAUCCAACUUAAAAGAACUCACAGAGACAAUUGAGCAGAAUAUUCAGGACAACAAGGCCGCAUAUGAACUGAUUGCUGGUGGUCUCUUGACACUUUUUCGUUCGUAUCCAAGGGCAUAUAGGGUGAAAGGUACACCAUGGAUCGAGGAUUUGAGCAGAUUCCCAUCGUCGCAAUUGAAGGUCAAGUUCGAUGGCAUGCCGUUGACGGAAGAAGAAUUGUAUCUUUUGUUUAGACGUUACGGUCUCAUUAUUGAUAUAAUUCCAAUUUCGUCGUCGACUCCUUAUGCUACAAUUAUAUUCAAGACUACCGAUGCCUGUAUCAGAGCUAAAAACUGUUUGACGGGAAUGGUAUUGAACGAGGGUAAAACGAGCUUGCACUUGCAGUACAUUCCAAGACAAAGUGUGAAUCAUAUCAAGGACUUCAUUGUUAAUCAUCAGCGUAUUGCAAUACCUGUGCUCCUUGCUCUUUUGGCCACUAUUGCGGUGUUCAUCUUCGAGCCUAUUAGAGAACAGUUCAUUGAGUUCAAGAUCAGACAUGUGUACUCGUUGGAUGCCCACAAGGAUAACUGGUUCGUGAAAGCAGUCUACACUCCUUAUAGAUUAGUGGUCUCUAGCAUCAACGACGGCCGUCACUUCCUUGACGAUUCCAUUGGUCUGUUGAGAGGCAAAAAGAAGGACUCACCCGAACUUGAGAAUCUAGACGCUGACAUGUUCUGGUCCGAAAGAACAGAGAAGGCAAAUCAGGUGAAAUUAUGGGUGUGUGAAAACGCCAACACCUUCAUUAUUGUCAAGGGUCCAAAGGGUUCUGGUAAGCGUGAAUUUGUUGUGGAGCAUGCCUUGCACCUCAACGAGGCAUUCCUGAAAAGAGUUCUCGAGAUUGACUGUGACACUUUAAUCAAAUCUAGAAGUGAUAAUGCCUUCUUGAAAUCAACGGCCAGCCAAUUAGGGUACUUCCCACUCUUCACUUGGACUAAUUCAAUAUCCUCGUUUGUUGAUUUGGGUUUGCAGGGGUUGACUGGACAAAAAUCAGGUUUCAGUGAGUCCAAGGAAACCCAGUUUAAGAACAUGCUUCUGUUGACACUGGUUGCCAUCAGAAAGGUUGCAUUGGCCAAUUUUGACGCUUUCAAGUGUGAGUACGAACACCAGCAACAGAAGAAGACUUCUGGAGAUUCAGUCGAUAAGUUCGUGGACAUCAAGGAAGAUGACUAUUUGCAACUGAAUCCAGAGGCUAAGCCCGUUAUUGUGAUCAACAACUUUUUGAGAAAGGCCGAGAGCAGCAACGACUUUAUCUAUAAAGGACUUGCUGAAUGGGCUGGUCAACUUAUCCAGAGCAACACUGCGCAUGUCAUUUUCAUCACGCUGGACUCAGGAAGUACACUGCAUUUGACUGCUGCGCUCCCCAACCAAGUGUUCAAGUCCAUUUCUUUGGCUGAUGCCUCACUGGCAAGUGCCAGGCAAUACGUGAGCCUGCAGCUCCAAUCGGAGAAGAAUAUCUACAACCUUGACGAAUGCUUGGAGCCCAUCGGAGGCAGAAUGCUUGAUUUACAAGCGUUUGUGAGACGUGUGAAGUCAGGAGAGAGUGCCAACGAUGCAUUAAAGGAGAUGAUUCACCAAGCUGCUGAACAAAUCACAACCUUUUUCUUGAACAUCAGUGAAAACCCUUCGGCAGGAAGUGAUGUGACUUGGAACACGGCACAGAUCUGGGCUUUGAUGAGAGUUUUAGCUAAGGAAGACUCAAUUCUGUUCGGUGAGUUGGUCAAAUCCCCAUUAUUCACGUCUAGCUAUGAUACAGUUUCCACCUUGUCUGUGUUGGAGAAGAACGAUUUAAUUGCGUUAAAGAGAGACAAAGGUAUUGUUAGCAGCAUUACCACUGGAAGACCAUUAUAUAAGGCUGCAUUUGAGGAAUUGGUAUCGGACGAGAAAGUGUUCAAGGUUUAUGAGACAUAUUUCUACAACGCACUUAUUAAGUUGGAAAAUGCAAAGAUCGCUAAGUUGGAAGACGAAAUUGCAAAGAUAGGUGGACUCUCAGAUCUCAAGUUAAUGAAGGAAAGAUUGGAGUAUGUGGCUAAAAAGAUUUCUGCAUCCACCGACAAGGUUCUGGGUUACGAGCAGCAAGUUAAGGAGAUUCAGAACAUGAGUUCCCAACCAAAGAAGACCGGAUUGUUUGGUUUCUAA